AUGGCUACAGGUACAACACCAUCUGCUGCAGAUGAAGAGUUACGUACAACAAACGAAAAGGCUAAUUUUCAGCGGCUGACACGGCUUCUGAUGUGUGGAGGACUCGCACUUUUAAGGGAGGUGUUUGACGCCAUCCAUCCACCAGCUAAUCUUCCAGCUGUGCUUGGUAACCCUGCCGUAAAGAAGCAGCUUCAAACUCUUAGAAGAAACAGAGUCCUUACGUACCCCGAGUGGGAGUGCCUUUACAACCCAUCGUCAGGAGCUUAUGGAAUGGCGACUGAUUUUGAUAUCAGUUUACUUUGUAAAUUGCUUCGAGAAAUAUGCAACCUCCCCUCACCCAUUACUGGAUGGGACACUUUACCUUCCAGCACUAAUCACAGUCUUGAAGCAGACUUGGUUAGAAUCAGGAUUUAUCGUAACGAAAUUUAUGGUCACAACCACAGUAUGGAGAUAACAGAUGCUGAUUUUAAGAAGCUUUGGGAGAAAAUCAGUGAGGCACUAUUGAGAAUUGCUGGCGGCGUAAGUAGUGCAAAGAGGGAUGAGUGGAAGAAGUCCAUCGAAAGCUUUUUCCAUGACCCACUAUCACCAGAUGCAGAAGAAAAUGUCAUACAACUUCGGUUAUGGUACAGAAAAGAAAUAGAGACUAAAGACAAAGUAGAAGAGCUGGCGGAAGAGGUGAAGCAGAUAAAAAUUAAACAAGAGCAAAUGCACAUGGACAUACUCAUCCUUGUUGACUCUUUUAGAUGUAAAGCAAGCGGUACUUCUGUCCCUCCAUUGCCCAUUGCAGUCCGACAAGUGCAAGUUGCCCGAUUGCAAUCUAAACUAAGUGAAGAGACACGAACACCAAUACCCCAAGAGAAGCCAUCAAUAGAAGACACUCCAACGGGUCUAUCCUCUCCAUCCGCAAGCACGGAACUUCAAGGAAGUCAGCAGAAUCGUCCAAUAGUUCUUGACUUCUGGUAUGUUGUUUAUUCAUUCAAGAAACCGCUAGACGUAUUGCUUGAAUAUCUGAAAUUAAAGCUUGGAGUUGACGUUCAGGGCUACCGACUAGGCAGCUUGAUCGUAACAGUUUCCUGCAGUUCAUUAGAGGUACUCGAGGCAUUGUGGAAGGAUUACCGCACAGGGCAUCUUAAUGAAGUGGUUCAAGUUACGCUUGUAAGAGAAGAGGUUCUGAAACAGCUUGACCUCAGAGAGGCGACACUGAGAACCAUUAUUUCAGAGGAAGAUUACUUAUCAUACAAAAAUUUUUUGAAGUACAGAUCAGGUAAGCCACACGUUAAUAAUUUUCAAAGAAAAAAAUUGCUACUAAUGAAGUUUGUGGGUUGGGCAGUUUUGGAGCCCGUGCGCGCUGAGCUGUUAAACCAAGCAGACAAUCAAAAAUAUGAAGAACAGGAACAAAAGGAGAAAAAAAAAACAAAUCGGCAAUGAUUUUUAUUUAUUUAUACAUAGUUAUUAGGGGAGACUGGUUAUGAAAAGCGGCAAACAUCAAUGAUAAAAACAACAGUGCUGCAGUUUAUUUUCAAAGCACCGUGAAAGUGCACAAUCCUUUGUUUUCUGUUGGCAAAUUGUUACGGAAUAAAUUAAUGCAACGUUUUUAUUGGUCAAUACAAUCAAAACGAUAGGAAUUCUUUUGAACGUUGUGCACUUUCAGGUCCACAAAAACAUAUAACAAAGGAGUCUGACGGGUUUCAUAACCAUUCCACUCAAUUAACUAUGAUUUAUAUCACUAGAUUUUCAUAGCAUUUAUUAACUAUAGUAGUAUUAAGUCCUGACGGAGGGAAUUCGGAGAAUACAAGACCGGUAUAGCGGUAAAAAAAAUCGCAAUAAGCGUAACUAACACAAGCUUUCAGCUCAACAUCAAAACAACGUAUAUUCAGCUUUUGCAGAUAAAUACAUGUGAUCAUGCAUUAAUUGUUUAAAGUACAAGUUGGCAGGCAAGAUUUUGCAAAGAAAAUUUCUCGAUCCAAGUCUCUUAUUUGCAAAGACUUUAUUUAUUCUCCUUGGACGCAAUGAUCCACUGCCGGGUACUCUUUUAUUCUUACUACCAAGAGAUGUAAAUGAGGUCACGGCUUUUAAAGGUCUAUAAUUUGUAGUGUGUUGUAAGGUGAAACAUUCAGUGUUCCGCUCGUUUUGUAGAGCAUUCAAAACACAAAAUACGCUAUAAACUGGCACGUACGGUAGAUGUGUUGAUGGGUUUCAAUUUGGUUGCCAGGAAAGUCUCUAAACCGUCUCAUUAUUUUUAGGUAAAACAAAAAAGAGGGCGCCCCAAGACCCAACCAUUUCCAAGCCUAAGCCUGCUGCUGGUAAGGUAUUAUUAUGUCAAGGCUAG